AAUUGAUCGGAAAGUUGCAAAGAUCUGCACUACUGAGCUUGAGCAGUUUCAUAUCAAUUUCUUUGCCAUAUUUUGAAAUCUUUGAGUCUGAGCCGACUUUGACAGCCUCCAUGACUGCCUAACCAGUCCGGAAUCGUUCUUGAUCAUGAGGAUUGUUUCUGAUAAAACUACAGACGUCACACGAUCGGAGGAAUGAUUGAGCUCGGUCUUAGCCGCAUAUCUAGGCUCCUCCAACAGACUCCUCUGUCAUGGAAGGCCAUCCACAUAGCUGGAACCAAUGGCAAAGGCUCCAUUAGUGCCUAUUUGUCGCACAUGCUGACUACGGGUGGUGUACGCUGUGGUCGCUUUACUUCUCCUCAUCUCAUCGAUCGAUGGGACUGCAUCACCAUAGGUGAGAGCGUUGUGCAGGAGUCCCUUUUUCGCCAGAUUGAGGAGAGAGUAAGAUUAAGGGAUCAGUCACUGGGAAUAGGGGCAAGUGAGUUUGAGCUGCUCACUGCCACGGCAUUUGAGAUCUUCAAUCAUGAACACGUCGAGGUUGGCGUGGUCGAGGUGGGAAUGGGCGGUCGCUUGGAUGCUACGAAUGUGCUGAGCGAUGUAUUGGUGUCGGUCAUUGCGAAAAUUGGGCUGGAUCAUCAGGCCUUUCUGGGAGAUACGCUAGAACUAAUCACCCGCGAGAAGGCCGGGAUAUUGAAGCCUGGUGUUCCAUGUGUGGUGGACGGCACCAACGCUCCGGAAGUGAUUAGGACCCUUGGAGAUCGUGUUAACGAGUUGAAGAUCGAUGCUAUCUACGCGCAUCCUGAUACUAUAUGCUCCCAGUCACCAUCUCUGGGCCGUAUCUUCAGGGAGCUUGAUCUACAGCGUCAUCAACGGGCUAAUAUGUGCUGUGCGGUAUCAGCGCUUCGGCUCGCCCUAGCGAAGGUUCGCCCAGGGCUCGAAGUGGACAUGCUUCUGCCUUCCCUCAAAAACGUAGAGUGGCCAGGACGUUUGCAGAAAAUCUCCCUCCGUCCUCUCAACGCCCGCAAAGAGCCUGUCUUGCUCGACGGUGCGCACAAUAGCCAGUCGGCUGAGGUUCUGGCAGAGUACGUGGACAAAAAUUUGCGUCCUCAGGGUAACAUCACUUGGGUCAUUGCAGCGUCGCGUGGGAAGGAUGUGACCGCGCUCUUCCAUUCGAUAAUCAAAUCUGGGGAUAAGGUCGCCAUCACGGCAUUCGGUCCUGUCGAUGGAAUGCCAUGGGUGAAAGCAGCGGAUACAGAAGAAUUGGCUCUCUGUAUUCAAUCAAUUCCAGGUGUCCAAGACGUACGUACAUUUGGCGGGGACGUUCUUGCUGCCAUCAACUGGGCUUGUACCGAGGCUGGCGACUGCCCCUUGGUAAUUGCAGGGAGCCUGUACCUUGUAUCAGACGUUCACCGUCUCUUGCGUGAAGCGCGCAAAAGUGCAGGAAAUAUACCGGGGUCAUUAGAGGCAUAAUGAUUUGAGAUACCCUUUUUAGAGCAGCAUUUUGAAAUGGUACCAUGUCAUGUAGAUAGACCAGUCGAUCAUCAUGCCCAGAGAGCGAGAAGACUUCAUUGCGAAGGCGUUUUUGGGCACGGAAAGACAAUGU